AUGAUGAUAGAGCAAAGAGAAGAAAUGAUCUAAAAAUAUAAGAAAAGAAUCAUGCAGUUCAUUGAUAGGGUUGCAAAAAAACCUUGUGAAAAGGGAGAUGACUAUACAAGAAGGCUAGAUAUGGCUGAGAAGUCAUUUUACAAGAGUAAAAUUCUAGGAGAUGAGUCUAUUAGAGUUCAGCAUAAGUAUGAAUCUCACAGAGUUAAGGAAGCUGAAGAAAAGAAUAAAUCAAUUUUGGACACAGUUCCAAAUGAUAUUCUAGAUACUGGCGAUCCUUUAAGACUUAGGGAAAGAGAGAAAGACAGGGAAAUAGUGCCUCCUUACAGAUCUUAGCCCAGAGGUUCUAUGGAGAGAUUAUAUGAUUCAAUAAUUGAUAAAGGGCUGAGUAAUAAUACUAGGACUGAUAAGUUAGCCCUGAAAUCAUUUCAUAAAAAGAUUAAAGUUCAUAAAGCAGAUCCAGCUACUUAUAUGAAUAAGACUAAUGGUACUUAAUCUUUGACACCCAGAAACUUUCUUCCUGAUCUUCAUGAUAAAACUCAUUUCAAAGCUGCCUACACCAUCAUGCUUAAUAGUUAAAGUUGCUUAUAAGACAAAUACGGAAAAACUAUAUUUGUCAAAGAACAAGAAAAAUUUGCUUAAAAUGGUACUAAUCCUUAAUAAUCCAACAAUAUUUCCCUUUCAAAGUUUAAUAAGGGCAUAUCUUUGAAUCACGGUCUACACAGGUACUCAAGUACAAAUCAUCUGUAGAAAAAGGGAUCUAUAGAUAUGUCUCUAAAUGAUAGACAAGAUUUAAGCCCAAGAAGCAUUGGAAAGAAUGAUUAGUCAAUCAUAAAUAUCUUGAAUGACCUAAGUUCAAACAAUCUUUAGGCAGAAUAGAUAUAACAGUACCAUCCUAUUCAAAGUCAAUCUCCAGGAUUUAAUCUAUCAAAGAUUGACCCCUUAAACAACAACAAACCUAAUAUUCUAAUUAAUACUUCCUAUAUGAACACUUCGAAUUCAAGAAACGUUAACUUGAAAAAAGUAUAAUCUAGUAAAAUUGUGCGAUAUAACUAGACAUAAUCCUAGUAAUUUAAGAAAAAAGAUAGUGUAGAUGAUUCUGCCUUAGACUAGCUUCUUAAUGCCUAUAAAUCCAAGCAGGAGGAGCCUGAUAAUUACUUGGCUUGGGAAUAUGAUAAGGAAGGUCAGAAAAAGCCAGUUGAGGUCGUAGGACUCAAGAAAAAGCAUAAUUUUGGAGAACUGCUAGAUCCUGCCGAGGAGGAGAGAUUCAAGAGCGAAUUCCAGAUGAAUCAAAACAAAACUAAGGAUAUGAUAUCAAAUUGCUAAUAUGUUAGGAAAAAGCACUUUAAAUCUUCUACUCUUAGAUAUGGAGAAGGUGCUUUAUUCAUGAAUAAAGGGCUUACUAAUAGAGAUUAUGAGAAUAGCAUUAUUAAGAAAAGCUUAUAAUGA